UGCUCUCCAAAGUGUCGCAACAUGUUUGUGGUGGAGUCCAUCUGCGUUGCCUGGUUCACUCUGGAGUUCGUGCUGCGCUUCGUCAAUGCUCAAAGCAAGCUAGCCUUCGCUCGUGGCCCACUCAACAUUAUUGAUGCCAUCGCUAUCUUGCCGUACUAUGUGUCCUUGGUACUGGAUGUGGGUGAUGAGUCCCAGGAGGAUGUCAUCAUGGGAGCCAGCAGGGGCUACCUGGAUAAGCUGAGUUUAAUCCUGCGCCUGCUGCGAGCCCUACGAAUCCUCUACGUGAUGCGGUUAGCACGCCACUCUUUGGGCCUACAGACGUUGGGGCUGACCAUGCAGCGCAGCUUGAGGGAGUUUGGUCUGCUGCUGCUCUUUGUCUGUGUGGCUGUCACACUCUUUGCACCUCUGGUCCAUCUGGCAGAGAGCGAGCUGGCACCAUUGGCUGCCAUUAACCCCCACCACAGGUUCAGCAGCAUCCCAGCCUCCUACUGGUGGGCCAUCAUCUCCAUGACCACAGUGGGCUACGGCGACAUGGUGCCGCGCAGCGUCCCUGGACAGAUGGUGGCGCUCAUCAGCAUCUUGAGUGGUAUCCUUAUCAUGGCGUUUCCCGCCACCUCCAUAUUUCAUACGUUUUCCCGCUCAUAUCAGGAGCUGAAGCAGGAGUAUGAGCGGGUUUGGAAGCAGGAGCAACACGAGGAGAAGGAUGAUCACUCACCGGAUAAAGAAUCAAUGUCCAACAAGAUGCAUCCAUCGAAACUUCCACCUGCGGCUUUCUGA